GAAACUGGCCAUUCAGCUCACUGUGAGUCAGUUUGCUUGGGAAAGAAAACAGCAUAUGGUCAACAUGGCUCAAAGGCAGAUUUUGAAUCACGAACUCUCCAAGCUUUUCAACGAGCUCUGGGAUGCUGAUGUGAACCGCUUUGUGCCUGGAAAAGACUAUACCAUUUCCUUACAGGGGAGAGCUGGCUAUGUACCGCAGGGCAGUAACGCGGUCAGAGACAGCGCUUCGGAAACGCUGUUUUGCAGCGUAAAUGAACAACGCCUGAAGAACACAGAAACUUAUUCAACCUUUAUUUCCCUAUUGGACAACUACGAGACAUCAACUGGUAUGGCAGAGCUGGUGACGGCAGAGGAAAUAGCUGAAAAUAACCGCUUUCUCGACGCAGUGUUAGAAACUGAAGUGAUGAAACUUACUCAUCAAUAUUUAGUUAAAAAAACCUGGACUAAACCAGAUCUCAAGGAUUUCAAGUCUCAGCUCUAUGCUAUUUGGUUUCACCUCUACUCCAGGGAUGGAGGAAAAGGACCUGACUCCUGUGGAUUCGAACAUGUAUUUGUUGGGGAAACUAAGCGAGGUAAAGAGAUCCUGGGACUGCACAACUGGGUGCAGUUUUACCUUCAAGAAAAACUUAGGCACAUUGACUACAAGGGCUAUGUAGCCAGGAAGAAAAAAAGCAGGCCUGAUGAGGACGAUCAGGUCUUAAGCCUUCAGUUCAGUUGGAAGGGGCUCGUGAAGCCCGUGGGCAGCAGCUUCAUUGGCGUCAGCCCCGAGUUCGAGUUUGCCCUUUAUACCGUGAUUUUUCUGCAAGCAAAUGAAAGAGUGACGCGCCAGAGGGUGAGAAUAGAGGAAUACGAACUGGAGAUUGUCGUUUACCGCCACGGGCAGCACAUAGGAACAGCCUAUCCCGUCCUCCUCAGCAGCAACAAUGAAGAUUUGUACUGAUGACCUCAGUUUUGAAGAGAAAAUUAUUUUUAAAUUGCCAUGUGAGAUUUUAAAGUUGUUUUCGCUUCAUUGUACGUUAUAUUUAGAAUGGUAUGUAAAAAAUAAUA